CAUAAGGUAUCUUUUUCAAAUAUUUUAGAGAAAUUAUCUGUCGGCCCAUGUUUUCAGUCACCUUCCCCAGUGAAGGUUGGUCCGCUCUCUGUCAGCAGAGGAGGAGGGAGGGUCAACAUGGCGUCUGAGGAGGAGAGCUCUAAUGGCCCUGUGAAGAAGUCCAUGCGUGAGAAGGCCAUAGAGAGGCGCAACAUCAACAAGGAACACAACAGCAACUUCAAAGCAGGCUAUGUACCCAUAGAAGAAGAACGUCUUCAUAAGACAGGGCUGAGAGGUCGCAAGGGAAACAUGGCUGUUUGCAUCAUUGUGCUCCUCUUCCUUCUCGCAUUAAUUAAUCUCAUUAUCACACUGGUAAUAUGGACAGUGAUCCGGAUCGGCCCGAAUGGCUGUGACAGUAUGGAGUUCCAUGAGACAGGCCUGCUGCGCUUCAAGCAGAAAGCCGACAUGGGAAUUGUUCAUCCUUUGCACAAAAGCACAAUCGGGGGCCGUAAAGACCAGGACCUGGUCAUCGUGGGUAACAACAAUCCGGUUGUGUUCCAGCAAGGCAACACUAAGCUAAGUGUGGAAAAGGACAAGACCUCUGUUGUCAGCGACGUCGGCAUAUCCUUCACAGACCCUCGGACACAGACAACGUUCUUCAGCACAGACUUUGAAAACCAUGAGUUCCAUCUGCCCAAAGGAGUCAAAGUCCUCAGUGUUAAGAAGGCAUCUACUGAAAGGAUCACCAGCAGCGCAGCAUCUGACCUGAACAUCAAGGGAGACAGCAAGGCCAUCAUUCGCGGUAAUGAGGGCGUGAACAUCAUGGGCCGCACUGUAGAGUUCAAAAUGGGUGGGGACAUCGAACUCAGGGCCGAGAACACUAUCGUUCUUAAUGGGUCAGUCAUGUUCAAUGCUACACGCAUUCCCAGCUCCACAGAUCUUACGUUCAACGAUGGCCUGGAGAGGUACAAGCUCUGCAUGUGCGAAGACGGGACCUUGUUUCGUGUACUGGUGAAGUUUCCAAACAUGGGCUGCCAGAUCUCAGACAACCCGUGUGGGAAAGCUCACUAGUACAGCCGUUUCAUCUGCCUGCAGUCAGUCAACACUGAAAUCACUUGCAAACCUGCACAUUUUGGAGUUCAGUUGAAAGUUGAGUUUAUUUAACAGUUAUGGUGAGUUGUGUCUGUGAAUGCCAGAUCCACAUUCUAUUCCAACUCAUUGCCAUCUCCCCAAAGAUAUUACUGUAAAAAAUUUCGCAGAUUUGUCAACCUCUUCCUAAAAUUCAAAAAACUAUUAUAAACAAUAAAUUAUGCUGAAAGGUGA